AUGUCUUCUCAACCCAAGAAGGCCGCAACCGGCUCGCGCUUCGUGCUGCCUGCCCUCAACCUGAAUUUUGGCAGCAUUACCGACGGCACCAACAUCCCUCCUCCUCCGGAGUCUCCGAUUGAACCGAUUACGCCAUCCAAAACGUCCAAGGCCAGCAACGAGAGCUCCGAGGUCAAGGAAAAUGCUUCGACGGCGUACGAGAACAAGGUCGGCGUGAGAAGCGUUGCGGAAAACGCGCCGCCUAGUCCCGCGGCUUCUGGUCGACAGGGUAGCGUCUACCUUUCAUCAGCUUUUUAUUUUGUCAAUCAGUUUAAUAACAAUUUCGCAGAAAGCAUCACUCAAGAGAGCGGACGCAGUGUCGCCAAUGCGUAUCGCCCGGUCAGCCAGAGCGGCUCCAGCGCCGUGGAGUCUGAGAAAACGAAGCGCGCGAGCGGCUGGUUCAAGCGUCUAAGGUCGGGAGACAACCAGUCAAGGAGACGAUCGAGUCUUCUCAACCUCGAACAACAUAUACCCGCGGCGACGCCCAAAUUGACUUCUGAUAAACCACCUCCUAAGAUUCCCCAACUUGUACAGCUCGAGAGCGACAAAGGCGCCUUUGGAUCAAAUUUGUUCGAUCACAUUAAAUAA